AUGAGUAGAUACAUAGGAGCUAUGGAUUUGGAUGCAGUCAAGAAACAAAGUGAAUCUACUAUUUUCAUUCACACUUUGAAUGGUUUAGGCAUUGAAAUAGCAAAGAAUAUAGUUAUAUCAGGUGUAAAAAGAUUGAUCCUAUUUGAUCCAGAACUAGUUUAGAUGAGUGACUUGGGUAGCAACUUUUAUUUAACAGAAAAAGAUUUGGAAAUGAGAAGAGAUUUGGGUGUUCUUAAUAAAUUGAAACAUUUAAAUCCAUACGUUUAAAUUGAUGUUCUCUAAAAUAGUUUGGAUGAAUUGAAUUUAAAUGAAAUUUAAGUAUUUGUCACUUAGGAUCCAGCUAUUGCAAGGACAGUAUCAAAUAAAAAGAAACUUGCAGUUGUCUUGGCAUAAACAAGAAACAUUUUUGUCAGAAUUGUAACUGAUUUUGGAAAUGAAUAUGUAGUGGAAGACAAGGAUGGUGAGUAAUUAUCAGUAGUCAACAUUGAGAAUAUAUCUAAUAAUGUUGUGACUUUGUUUUAGAAUCAAAAUCAUAAUCUAACAGAAAAUGACUUAGUAAUUAUUAAAGAGGUCAAAUAAGAAUAAGGCAUUGGAUAGAGUUACAAUUAGGUAUUCUAAAUAAAGAAUGUGAAAAGAUAAUCAUUUGAAUUAGUAACCAAUAUAGAAUUUACUAAUUAUAUUAGUCAUGGUAUAGCUUAUCAAUAGAAAUAUCCAAUUAAGUUGUAAUUUGAUAGAAUUUAAAAUGUGAUUAGUUCUUUAAAUCAUUAUUGUUAUAAUAUUGGAACUUUUGAAGGAAUUGAUAUGAUAACAAGAGAUAUCAUUCAUUUCUGUUUGAAUACUAUUGCAAAUGAUUUAUUAACUCAUAAUUGGGACAUUGAAAAAAUCAAAAUGUUUAUCACCUAAAUGAGAUUAUCAGAUCUAAGCUAAAUACUCUAUUUCAAAUACAAAGAAGAUGUGUUUACUAAAUAUCAAGAAUAGUUGUUAUCUUUAUUAACAUUAUUGUCAAUCAAUACAUAAUUGCAACCAUUAUGCGCAUUAGUAGGUGCAAUGGCAGCCUAAGAAGCUUUGAAAGCCAUAAAUAAAAAACAUACUCCAAUCCAUUAAGUCUAUGUUUAAUCAUUUGAAGAUGUACUUCCAUUUAAAUUGACAGAAUUGAAUUUUGUUUAAGUGAGUCAAUCUAAUGAUCUUGAAAUUAAUUUGAAUAAAUACUAAUAAUUCAUGUUGAAAUUCGGAUUCAAUUAGAAUUAAAAUACAAGAUAUAACAAUUUGGCUAACACAAUUGGAAAUAUCAACUAAAUAUUUAAUGCUGAUGUGUUUGUGGUUGGAGCUGGAGCCAUCGGAUGUGAAUUACUUAAGAAUUAUGCAAUGUUAGGUGUUAGUAAACAUGGGAAAAUAUAUGUCACUGAUCCAGACAUCAUUGAAAACUCAAAUCUAAGUCGUUAAUUCCUUUUUAGAGAAAAGCACAUUAGGUAACCUAAAAGUUUAACUGCAGCUGCCGUUGUCAAAUAGAUGAAUCCAGAUAUCAACAUAGUGGCAAGAAUAGAUAAAGUAUGCCCAGAAACUCAAGAUAUCUAUCAUAAUAACUUUUACAAACAAAUGAAAUGUUUGACUAAUGCAUUGGAUAACGUAUAGGCUAGAUUAUUUAUGGAUUCUAAAUGUAUUGAAAAUGAAGUGCCAUUAAUUGAUAGUGGUACUUUGGGAUCAAAAGGACAUGUACAAUCUAUUAUCCCAUAUGCUACUGAAAGUUAUGCAAGCAAAUAAGAUCCUGAAUAAAACAAUGAUAUACCAUAUUGCACUUUGAAAAUGUUUCCAGAAUCUAAUAUCCAUUGUUUAGAAUGGGCCCGUGAUAAGUUUGAAUAGUACUUCUUUAGAAAACCAUAAGCUUUGGUGUAAUUUAUAGAUGAUCGAUUUCAAUAAUAAUAAACUGUAGAAAUGGUCAUCAAAGUACUAAAAAAAUAUCCUACUACUUUUAAAGACUGUGUAAUAAUGGGAAGAUUAAAAUUUCAGAAACUAUUCAAUUAGGAUAUUAUAUCUUUGAUGAAUGCUUAUCCCUUUAGUUCUCAAACUACAGGAGGUCAACAUUUUUGGGCUCCUCCUAAGAGAUUUCCUCAACCAAUUGAAUUUGGUGAAGAAUUUACAUUUAAAUUUGUUGAAGAUUUUGCUAUAUUAACAGCAUAAAUCUACAAUAUUGCAAUUCCAAAUUAAUAUCAUUUGAAUCUCAUACUACAGAAUGUUCAGAUUCCAAAGAUGGGCAUAGAAAAGAAUAAGAUUCAAUAGAUAGUCGAGAGAUAAGUUAAAAACAAUGACUCGUAAUAAUAGAUGGAAAUUGAAGACAAAAAUUAUGACCAACUUAUUUAAGAGGCUAUAACAUUAUUAUGUGAGGUUUAACCAAAAAAACCAUAGCCUAAACAAUUUGAAAAGGAUGAUGACUAUAAUCAUCAUGUAUCCUUCAUUACAACUGCCACUAAUGCUAGAGCAAUAAAUUAUGGUAUCCAAUAAGUCGAUUGGAUGUGGACCAAAUUAAAAGCAGGAAGAGUAAGAUAAUAUUUAUAAUCUUUUUUUCUAGAUUAUUCCAGCCAUGGCAACCACAACCUCGUGUAUUGCAGCCCUACAGACUUUGGAAUUGAUUAAAAUACUAUAGAAGUCUACUUAACAUCGAAAUACAUACUUAAAUGUUGCCAUUCCAUUUAUGAUGUAGAGUCAACCAGGAAAAGCAUAAUAAGUAAUUAAAUUAUUUAUUAUUAUUAGUAUGAAUUGAAAAGCGGAUUAAGUAUUUCAAUCUGGAAUAAAUUGAAUCUCAGGAUUAAGAAAUUGACUGAACCAUUGUAAUACAUAGUGUAUCAAAUUGAAAAGAUGAUAGGAGAAGAGAUAAUUAGUCUCUAAUAAGGGGCAAAAGAGUUCUAUAUGAAAAAAAUGAUACCUGAAGAUGAGAUUAAAAGAUAUGAUUACAUCAAUUCUCCAAUUAACAAAUGCAUAUAGGUAUAUUUUAAUAAUAAUUUAGUUUAUUGAUGAUUCAUCAAAAAUAAAUGGGUAAAUAGGCAACAACAAAUCGUUUGUAGUGCUAAUCACUCUAGUGUGA